ACUUGGGCGCAGUAGGCUACUCAGCAAGUCCCCUGCACGUCACUUAUUCAAACCGACAUGUGGAUUUAAAAAGACUCGCCCAGUGAAUGGUGGUCAUGUUUUAAUAAUCAUUCGCAAAAUUCAAAAUGUCAUGUUUUAUUUGAUUAUUCUUCUCGGAGUGUUCCCCAAUCUAUUCUGCAAUGUACACACAAAGAAACAAAUUCGAAUUUACGGUGGCCGUGACGCUAAAUUGGGCGAAUUUCCAAUGAUGGUUGAACUGCGUGACCAUAUCCAUAACAGACAUCACUGCGGAGGAUUUCUUAUUCACGAUCGGUACGUUUUGACUGCUGCUCACUGUUUGGUUUGCGAGGACUCUGAGCCUUGCUUCGAUAAACUAGAGAUCAUGGUUGGAGACACAACUCGAAAUCGUUUCUUGUGGCUUCCAUGGUCACAGCCACCGCCCACUCGGCAAAUAAUUCCAAUACGCCGGGUUAGCGUCCAUGAACACUUCAGCAUAGCCUAUACAAGCAACGAUAUCGCUCUUAUAGAGUUGGAGAAGCCUGUCAAAAAGUCAAAGUACGUAGACCCAACUGUCAUUGCAAAAACCGAUCCAAAAUUGUAUGUAUAUUGCCAAGUUGUUGGGUGGGGCCGAACUGAAUUUUCAAAUGGUGCUUCUUCGAAGAAACUUAUGACGGCUGUAGUUCAAAUCCAGAAUUCUAGUUUGUGCAAAAUGACACUUGCAGGUUUCAUCGGAGGGCAAAUGAUAUGUGCUGGAGAUUUGCAAGGACGUAAUGAUUCUUGUUUUGGAGAUUCCGGAGGUCCUUUAAUAUGCGAUAAGGUAGUGGUUGGAAUUGUUUCGUAUGGGUAUAAUUGCGCAAUGCCAAAUUACGCUGCUGCGUACACAGAUGUAUCUUACUAUCAAGGAUGGGUUCGGGCCAAAUUGAAGAAAUUGAUUGCCAAUGCAACCAUCGAAAGUAAAAGAUUAAAGUUGUUUAGUUCAAUGCUGUACUAUUUAAUUGGGAUGAUAAUUUUAUAUUUUUAAAUCUUCAACGAUUCAAUAAAGAAGCAGCAAACAAUA